AUGUCGGAGGCACUAUUCUUUGGAGCGCCCUCCAAUGUCCUUGUUCCAUACUUUUCUGUGGUUCCCCCGCCUCCUGAUGACGAAGUUGGAGGCAAAGACAAUGAUGACUAUAUCGCCGAGAUUGACAAGAGUUCCAACAAGAACCCAUUCUGUGGUGGCAAGGACUCAAAGAAACGUCCUGCUGCGGACGAAGUCCUGCCUCCUCCCAAGCGCCAAAAGAGAUACAAGAUGGGUACUGCUGUCAAGGGUGGCCAUGCUCCCUCGUUCAAACCUAUCACUGUCGACCUUGAUGAGGAAGACCAGAUGAUUGUCGACAUGAAGCAACGAGGCUACAAGGAUGAGGACAUUGUUGAACGUCUGAUCGAGAAGGGCUUCACUCGCUACGAACCUAGAAGUGUCAAUUGCCGUUGGAUACGCAUCCGCAAGAAGACCCAAGAGUACGAAGAAAUGUUGCUUGAUGAAGAGCUGACCGACUGGCACGUUGGAGAGGAUGAAAUGCUUGAGGACUCAUACAAUAUCGCUGACAAGAAGUUUGAAGUCGAGCUCGAAAAGCUUGAGCAGAAGCGCUGGGCUUGGACAGCCCAAGCACUCAACAGGCGUCUUCCUCGUCAGCGUUUUUCGGCCAAGGCUUGCCGUCAGCGUUUCGAAGCCCUGAAGAAUGGGACUGCUCGAUGCCCGCCUGAGCUCGAUCCCAAUCCUGAAGCUCGUGCUCUCGAACGUGAAGAACGUAUCGCUGCUUACAAGCUGCGUAAGGAGGAGGAAGCAAAGCGCGACGCCGCCCAAGCCGAGGAGAAGAAGCGCUCCAAGAAAGAUAACACUGCUGAAAAGAUCGCUGCUCGCGAACGUAAGGAGGCUCAAGAUGCUCUCAAAGCUCAGAAGAAGCGGGAAGCAGAAGAGUAUCGUCAAUCUCUCCAGGAUACAAUCACCCUUGCUAGACAACGCAAGCAGGAAGCACUCAAUACCGCCCGCGCAGAGCGCCACUACAACGAGAUGAAGCACAAGUUCUUCACCCGUCUCCACAGACAAUUGAAGAAGGAAGUGGCCGCUCUCAACAGAAAGAAAGAGAAGAAUGGCGGCGUCACCCCCGAGCCGGAAUCUGAGGUUGUCCAUGAGCCCAAGAGCAGAUACACCUACAAGAACACCGCUGAGCAGAUUCGCCAUGAGGAUAUUGAUGCUACACAGGCUGCUAUCGAUGCCCGUUCCCAUGAAUUCGGCGGUAUCGUCGAACCUGUUGCCACAGUCGCUAGACAGAUCAUGCCUACCAGCAUACCUUCUGCCUCUAUCACCAACCUCAACGCACAUCAGCAGUCCGUCGCUGUCGCUGUUUCUGACGGCUUCCCUGAAGAACCUCGUAGCUGGUGCACUAUCGACGAGUUGCAACACAUCUUGCGUACACGCGGCAUGCUCCUGAACCGCAUGAAGGAGACCAAGCCUAUCAUCCUGUCCUGUCUGAAGAACGAAGACCGAACCAUCAGCGUCCAACAGCUCAAGGAGAUGCUGAAGGCCCGCAACGAAGAUUCGAGUGGAACAAAGGUUGAAUUGAUGAGACGUCUGGCUAUCGCAGAUGCAAAGACCUCUAGGAAGUACCAGAACACUCGUACAUACCGCCCAUUAGACGAGAAAGGCAACCGCAUCAGAGUGAAGAUGCCCGUCAAGCCGACUCUCUCAAAGACGAGCGCUCGCUACAACGCUCGCGAAGUUGUUAUCAAGAACGGUAUCGCGGUCACUAACAUCCCAUCUCCUACCACCAAGAAGAGAACACCCAUCAGGAAGAUUCCAGCCAAGGCCGUUGCUAUGAAGACGACUAGCAAGGCACAGAGCGCCGCUCCUACCAAGCAGUUCAUUCCCGAUGAUGAUGAUGAUGAGGACGACGACUCAGAAGUUGAGAAUGAGGACCUCCGAAUCAUUCUCGGAAGCAAUCUUUAG